GGUGGCACAGUGAUUAAAAGCUCGGUUGCUAACCAAGAGCUCAACAGCUCGAAUCCCCUGGCCACUUCUUGGAAACCCUAUAGGGCAAUUCUGCUCUGUCCUGUAGGGUCGCUAUGAGUCGGAAUCAACUCUACGGCAGGGGUUUGGUUUGGUUUUUGAGGCGGUGUGGUUAUGGGGUAAAGAGGAAACUUGAAGCUUUGGUGCUUCAAGUCCUGACCCUGCCACUCACAGUUGUGCGGCUUUGGGCAAGUCACUGGACCUCAGUUUCUUCACUUAUAAAAUGGUGAUACCGGCACACAGGAUUGUUGUAGAUAUGAGAGGUGCUGUCCAGGUGAUCCUAGCACCAUGUGGGGCUUGUAUUAGGUUUCCAGAUGUGGCACCUGUUCUACUUCCUCUGCCAUUUGAGAUUUGGCACUUUUCCCAGGAGGGCCCCAGUCAUUGGCAGUGGAGUUGGAACUGGAACCCAGGUUUGCUGGCUUCUGGCCCUGAGCUCCUGGGUAUCUGGAGUGUCCUGGGGAGGUUAUUAAGCCUUGGGCAGCGGGGUGUGGCAUGACUCAGUGAGGGUUGGUUCUGGUGAGGAGUGGGACUUGCUACUGGAAUCUCCUAGCACACUGGCUGGGGUCCCAUAAGGAUACAGACCAGGAAACGGUGAGUCAGCAGGACCCUGAUGGCUGACCCCUGGGCCUUUGCAAAGCAGCCCUGCAGCCCCAGUACCAGCUGGGAGGCAGUUUCAUGGAUUCCAAUUGAGGGAGGGGCAUGAUGGUCCCCAUUCACUGGUAUGUAGUGAUAGUAACAGCCGCCAUUUAUCCAGGGCCCUUUGGGAGGCAGGCAGUGUGCUCCGUGUAGGAUCUAUGUUCUUACUGAUCUCCAUGACACCCCUGGCCAAGAGGACACGGCUAACCCCGACCAGUGAGGUGGUGGGGCCAAAUUUGAUCCCAGGUCUGCUUGGCUCCAAAGCUCAUGUUCUCCAAAGCGUGAAAUUGUAUGGCCUUCCUUAAAGUAACCUGCAUCAUCAGGGCUCUCCAACAGUAAUUUUAAUAAUACAAUGCUUGUCCAUGUCCCAAAACCCACUCUCACUGUCAGCCUUAUGUCAGAGUUUACCGACUAAUUUUACCACCGGCCAAACUGAAUUUAACCAAGUUACCAUUGUUGCAGAGAAAAGUAGGUAAGAGUUCUAAAACGUGUUAUAAAUUGGGAAGGAGGGCAAAAUGGCCCCAAUUUGGAUGUCUUCCACCACUUAGAAAGAGGGAGAAUUUAGCAGAUAUGCACAUUAUGUUCCUGUGUUGUCCUAGGUAACUUGUUAGACUUUUUUUUUUUUUUAACUGCACGUCUUUAAUGCCUGCCUUGAUUACCACAGUGAUUGGAGCCCAGUCUUAGGUCAAGAACCUAUUUGGUGCACAUUAGGAGCCUCCUGAGAUUUCUCAUCCAAUUGAUUACUCUUGCCACACACUCCUUCCUGCCACAGGACCUUUGCACAGCUGUUCAUUGUGCCUGCAGCACCCUUUCUUCCUAUUCUUUGUUUUCUGCCCUCCCUACUUUGCUUCAGUAAUUUAUUCUUGGUGCUCAGAUUAAAGAUGAAUUCCUUAGGGACACCACUACUGACUUCUUUCCAUACUGGUCUGCCCCCUGUCACAUGCCAUUAUAGCAGUAGCCAUACUUCUUUAGAGCAAAUCAUUACAGUUAGUCCUAAUUUUUUAACUUUGGUUUCCCCCACUAGACUAUAAACUCCAUGAGGGCAGGGACCACAUUGGUCUCACUCAGCUGCUGAAUGUCUAGUGCCUUGCACUUGCCUGGUACGUGCUGAGCACCCAGCCAGCAUUGGAUGGGUGAAUGGAUUGUUGAAUAAAUGGAUAGAUGGAGUUCGUUAACUUCAUUUCCUUUCCCUUAACUCCAACCAAUAGUCUCUUCUUAACAGGGAAGAGAAAUUGUAAUUACCUGUUACUGUAUCUCUCUUCAACCUCUUUAAAGAAGAGCCCAUCUUUAGAAUCCUAGAGGUUAGCCCAUUGUCUGACAUAUAGGAUGAUCAAUAAACGUUGAAUAUGUGGUUGUCUAGUGGUGGUUCAGUGGUAGAAUUCUCACCUCCCAUGCUGGAGACCUAGGUUGGAUUUCCAAUUGGUAUAUCUCAAGCACAGCCACCACUCAUCUGUCAGUGGAGGCUUGCAUGUUACUAUGAUGCUGAACAAGUUUCAGCAGUGCUUCCAGACUAAGAUGGACGAGGAGGAAGGGCCUGGUGAUAUACUUAUGAAAAUCAGCCAAUGAAAAUUGUAUGGAUUACAGUGGUCCAAUCUCAUGGGGUCACCAUGAGUCGGGAGCCUUCUUUAUGGCGGCUAACGACAACAGUGUGGUUGUCUAAGUAUAGCUCUUGCCCAUGAGACAAGCAGUUCCAAGGACUCCUGCUGCUGCGGGGGAGCUUGGAGAGUUAUUUUUAUAUGUUAAGUGUAAGGAUGGCGUAUUUAUUCAUGGAAACGGGAUGAAGUGCAUUCCUACUUCUGAUUCCAUGCCAUGGUUUAGCUCCUUGGUAAGGUCUGCUAUUCAGGUUGCCAGUUACUAUAUUGACUUAUUUGUACAUAAACAGUUAUUCCCUAUAACCUUCUCUUCGCCAGCAUUCAGAGAUAAUGAUAUACAAUCUUGGUAACAUUGCAGACAUCGCUUCAAAAACAUUCUGUUGCUAUAGGGAUGUUUAUGAUGUGCUUAUCGCUAGAAUUUCAUGAACAACAAACUCCCAAAUUGCAGAUGAUUUAGCGUUUGAAGGUGGGAAUGAAUCUGUGUGUGUUUGCAUUUAGGAGGCGGAAGAAAACCCAAGCCUUUGAUAAAGGAAGUUUUUCUUCUGCAGAAUUAUCUUCUAAGGUUUAAAAUAAGGACUGCUUAAAAGCUGAGAGUUUAGAGGAAUGAGCGCUUUCUCUUAAACAUUCAAAUAGGUAAAAAUGACUUAUAAUCUCUCCCUGAAGUAUUAAGGCAGUAGGCAUUUAAAGGCUUUUUUGGAGCUAGCUGUCACAGACAAAGGAUUUCUCAAUUUUUAAAAAAAAAUCAUUUUUAAAAGCAUUGAAUAGUAGGAAUGAACACCAGCAGCCCUCCUGACAUUUUGAAAAUGAUUUAUUUUCUAGAAUGUCCCAGUUCAUUCUGGUAGAUGACUCUUUGUUCUUCUCAUUCAGGGAGGCCUCCUAGGCCAGGGUUGCCAUAUUUAGGGUUGGGAAGUUCAAGGCGGAACCAGACAGGGCUCCCGGCACAGCUUUAGACCAGGUUUGGUGAGCCUCAUUCUGUUACCUGAGCCUGGCAAGUUGGUGCCACCACCUCUCUCCAGGUAACCCAAAGCCACACCUUCCAAAACAAAGUCCCUGCCAUCAUUCUUCCUCCUGGAGAACAUUUUGUAGUCCAGAGAGUAAAUUGGGAAACAUUUUCACUUUUAGCCACCUUCUCUAGACAAAGAGAUUGAUUAGCCAGGCAUCUUAAGAAUAUUGCGCUCUGUACAAACCUCUCUAUACAGCAGUACAAGCCCUGGUGGCCAGGGAUAGAUUACUCAAUAAACAAGACAAACACGUGCUUAGGACACAAUAAAACAGGAACACCCUUGUCCAGAGCAAAGACCUAGAGAUGCCAAGCAGAUAGAAUGUAAGGAAAAGCAAGCGCCACAGUGGAAGGGAGCUGGCGGGGCACAAAAUGAAAUUAACACCACUUUGGAAAUGUUGUAUACGACGACAAUUAUAUGUUCCUUUUCAUGUCGGACUGAUGGAGUAUAACCUCACAUGUAGUACUCUCCUAUCAACCACAAGAGAAUGUGCCAGCGGCUUUAUAAUCAUGUGACUUGUGGUGUAUCUGGUCCUCCACAAAACGAACCAAAACGCAACUUCAGAUUGAGCAUACCCUUGUAUUUGUAUCAUGCUCUUUGCAGUUGCUCUAGCCCCCACUGAGUAUCAGCACUAGGCCAACGAACUAUGGAGGUGUAGCAUCCAAGGACGGAAAUUGAAUGCGCGAGUUUUUAAGUAUUAUUUCAAGAUGAGAAGCCCUCAUGGAGAUCUGCCAAAGGCCCACCAACAAACAUCAUACAACAAACGAAUGAAAUUAUUUCCGACUGCCUUAACCAGGUCUCGUCUUCCCACCUGUCCAGCAGCAUGAGAGCAGCAUGACUGGCCGGCUGCAGGAGAAGCCCCAAGAGCCAGGCCCCCAACUCAGCCAUCUGCUGCGGAGGUCAAGGUGUGAGCAGCAUCUCCUCACCAAGGUGGUAUUUGGUCCAUACCUGAAUCUGGGUGAGGAUGUAAAACCCCCCACUCUGCAUAUGAGUGGUUCAGGCCAGCAGGGACACCUGGCUCCAGCCACCAUCACAGACAUGUCUGCCGUGGAGUAGUGUGGACGCUUUCGCUCAGCUUCUCAGGGUUUCAGUUCCUUUUGGUUUGUUUUGUUUACCUUUUUUUUAUGGUUUUGUGGCUGGACAUUCACGACCAAGGCAGGCACCAUGGGGGAUCAGCAACUGUACAAGACCAACCACGUGGCCCACAGCAGUGAGAACCUCUUCUACCAACAGCCCCCACUGGGCAUCCACAGCAGUCUGAACCACAACUAUGGGAAUACAGUCACAGGGGGUGGGAUGGAUGCCCCUCAGGCUUCCCCUAUCUCCCCCCACUUCCCUCAAGAUACUCGAGAUGGCCUGGGCUUAUCUGUUGGUUCCAAAAACCUUGGCCAAGUGGAUACCUCGAGGCAGGGAGGCUGGGGAAGCCAUUCUGGGCCUGGAAACCAUGUCCAGCUACGUGGCAACCUGGCCAACUCCAAUAUGAUGUGGGGGGCACCAGCCCAGGCUGAGCCCACCGAUGGCUACCAAUAUAGCUACUCCCAGGCCAGUGAGAUCCGGACCCAGAAGCUCACCAGCGGUGUCCUGCACAAGCUGGACUCUUUCACCCAGGUGUUUGCCAACCAAAACCUACGCAUUCAGGUCAACAAUAUGGCCCAGGUGCUGCACGCCCAGUCGGCAGUGAUGGAUGGGACCCCUGACAGUGCCCUCCGCCAGCUGCUAUCUCAGAAGCCCGUGGAGCCCCCAGCACCGGCUAUUCCUCCCCGCUACCAGCAGGUGCCCCAGCAGCCUCACCCUGGUUUCACUGGUGGGCUGUCCAAACCAGCUCUUCAGGUCGGGCAGCACCCUACCCAAGGGCACCUGUAUUAUGACUACCAGCAGCCACUGGCUCAGAUGCAGGGAGUGCAGGGGGGACAGCCACUGCAGACCCCUCAGAUGCUGUCACAGCACAUGCAGCAGAUGCAGCAGCACCAGUAUUACCCACAGCAGCAGCAGCAAGCUGGACAACAGCGUAUCUCCAUGCAAGAAAUACAACAGCAGCAGCAGCAACAGAUUCACCCAUCGCAGCCUCAGCAGCAGCUGCAGCUGCAGCUGCAGCAGCGGCAGGGUGCAGUGCAGAUACCUCAGUAUUAUCAGUCCCAACCCAUGAUGCAGCACUUGCAAGAGCAGCAGCAGCAGCAACAGAUGCACCUGCAGCCCCCUUCUUAUCACAGGGACCCCCAUCAGUACACCCCAGAGCAGGCCCAUGCUGUCCAGCUGAUUCAGCUGGGCUCCAUGCCCCAGUACUACUACCAGGAGCCCCAGCAGCCCUACGGCCACCCCGUCUACCAGCAGAGCCACCUGCCUCAGCACCAGCAGCGUGAGGACAGUCAGUUGAAGACUUAUCCCAGUGACAGGCAGGCCCAGGCACUGCUGAGCUCCCACGGGGACCUGGGACCUGCCGAUACAGGAAUGGGAGACCCAGCAACCUCGGACGUGAACCGGGUCAGCGGUGCCGUCCCCCAUCGGCCACUCCUGUCACCCAGUGGGAUCCACCUCAACAGCAUGGGGCCUCAGCACCAGCAGCUAUCCCCCAGUGCCAUGUGGCCCCAGAUGCACCUACCUGAUGGCAGAACCCAGCCAGGGUCCCCUGAGUCAAGUGGCCAAGCCAAAGGAGUAUUUGGGGAGCAGUUUGAUGCCAAGAACAAGCUAACGUGCUCCAUCUGCCUGAAGGAGUUCAAGAGCCUGCCUGCCCUGAAUGGCCACAUGCGGUCCCACGGGGGAAUGAGGGCCUCCCCCAGCCUCAAACAGGAGGAAGGAGAGAAGGCCCCACCGCCUCAGCCUCAGCCUCAGCCUCAGCCCCAGCCGCCACUGCCGCCUCCGCCUCCGCCGCCACCGCAGCUCCCUCCCGAGGCAGAUAGCCUCACGCCUAUGGUCAUGCCCGUGUCUGUCCCUGUCAAGCUUCUCCUGCCCAAGCCCAGCUCACAGGGGUUCGCCAACAGCGUCGUUGCUGCCCCCUCGGCCAGAGACAAGCCAGCCAGCUCGGUGUCGGACGACGAGAUGCCCGUGCUCGAAAUUCCCAAGAAACAUCAGCCAGGCGUGGCCAAAGCUGAGGAACCCCUCAAGCCUGUGCAGGAGAAGAAAAAGUUCCGGCACCGGCCGGAACCGCUCUUCAUCCCGCCACCACCCUCCUACAACCUGAACCCCGCCUCUUCCUAUUCGGGCGCAACCCUGUACCAGAGCCAGCUGCGCUCCCCGCGCGUCCUCGGGGACCACCUCCUCCUGGACCCCACCCACGAGCUGCCCCCCUACACACCCCCGCCCAUGCUGAGCCCAGUCCGCCAGGGCUCGGGGCUCUUCAGCAAUGUCCUCAUCUCCGGCCAUGGCCCUGGUGCCCACCCGCAGCUGCCCCUCACGCCCCUGACGCCCACGCCGCGCGUGCUGCUCUGCCGCUCCAAUAGCAUUGAUGGCAGCAGUGUGACAGUCACCCCAGGCCCUGGGGAGCAGACCGUGGAUGUUGAACCACGCAUCAAUAUCGGCUUAAGAUUCCAAGCAGAGAUCCCAGAACUCCAGGACGCCUCUGCCCUGGCCAAGGACACACACAAGGCCACACUGGUAUGGAAGCCCUGGCCAGAGCUGGAAAACCACGACCUCCAGCAAAGAGUGGAGAAUCUCCUGAAUUUAUGCUGUUCUAGCGCAUUGCCAGGUGGAGGGACCAAUUCUGAAUUCGCUUUGCACUCUCUCUUCGAGGCCAAAGGUGACGUGAUGGCUGCUCUGGAAAUGCUGCUGCUGCGGAAGCCAGUCAGGUUAAAAUUCCACCCUUUAGCAAAUUACCACUAUGCCGGUUCAGACAAGUGGACCUCUCUAGAAAGAAAACUGUUUAAUAAAGCACUAGCCACUUACAGCAAAGACUUUAUUUUUGUACAGAAGAUGGUGAAGUCUAAGACAGUGGCUCAGUGUGUGGAGUAUUACUACACGUGGAAAAAAAUAAUGCGGUUAGGGCGGAAACAUCGGACACGCCUCACGGACAUCAUGGACGAUUGUGUGACAAGCGAAGAAGAAGAAGAGCUAGAGGAGGAAGAGGAGGACCUGGAAGAAGAUAGGAAAUCCACCAAAGAAGAGGAGAGUGAAGGCCCAAAGUCCCCGGAGCUGCCACCGCCAUUCCCUGCCCUGGCUCCUGCUGAGGGGCCGGCCAUGCAGGCCCUCAGCCAGCCCUCCGGCUCCUUCAUCUGUGAAAUGCCCAACUGUGGGGCUGUGUUCAGCUCCCGACAGGCACUGAAUGGCCACGCCCGCAUCCACGGAGGCACCAACCAGGUGGCCAAAGCCCGGGGAGCCGUCCCCUCUGGGAAGCAGAAGUCUGGCGGUGCGCAGAGCGGGUACUGCUCUGUGAAGAGCUCCCCUUCUCACAGCACCACCAGCGGCGAGACGGACCCCACCACCGUCUUCCCCUGCAAGGAGUGUGGCAAGGUCUUCUUCAAGAUCAAAAGCCGAAACGCGCACAUGAAAACCCACAGGCAGCAGGAGGAACAGCAGAGGCAAAAGGCUCAGAAAGCGGCUUUCGCGGCUGAAAUGGCAGCCACCAUCGAGAGGACUACAGGGCCGGUGGGGGGGCCGGGGCUGCUGCCCCUGGACCAGCUGAGCUUGAUCAAGCCCAUGAAGGACGUGGACAUCCUGGAUGACGACGUGGUCCAGCAGUUAGGAGGUGUUAUGGAAGAGGCUGAGGUCGUGGAUACCGAUCUCCUCUUGGAUGAUCAAGAUUCAGUUUUGCUUCAGGGCGACACGGAACUAUAAAGCCCCUUGACGCUUAGAGACAGUGGAAACCACGGCCUACGUCUUCAUUAAUCAGGAAACCUGGACUGCCUGCUUGUUUUGUAACCAUUUUAAACUACCUGUUUAAAAAGUGGUCAUUUUAUUCAGGUUUAGAAAAAAAAAUCCAGUUUCUUUUCCUUUUAUUUAAAAAAAAAAAAAAAAAGUUUUGUUGGUU